AUUUCCCCCCGUUGAAUGUUUAUUGUUCACUAGAGUGUCGAAGCGAGAGUAUUCACGCUACCAUCUGAGCAGCCAACGUUCGUGAAGACCUGUUAUUUUCCUUUCAAUUUUGAGGACCAGACUUUACCGAUAUAACUUCAAAAAAUAAUUCGCCAACAUGAAGGUUUUCAUAUUUCUUACCGUUUUGGCGGUGACCAUAUUCACCCCGGCCAAGGCCUCGUACAGGAGUCCGGCCAUGGGGCGGGCUGCGGCUCAUAGCUCAGCUUCGCCCUCGAUAUUAUCAUUUUGUUACAACGAUGUCCAAUCUGAAUGUCGUGGCCAGUCGCACAGUGUUGAUGCUAGACUGGAAAAUUGUAAUGCCUUGUACGGAAAGUUUGGCCGUAUACAGAGCAAGCUCGAACAAUAUGCCAAUGCUCUCAUUGACACGAGUUUCAAAUACUUGACGGUGUCUAGUUACUUUGGAAAUUUCGAGAGGAAUCGUAUGGGGCUGAAACGAUUAUACAGAAAGUUGUCCGACGAGGCGUGGGAUGAUGCGAAAGAUCUUAUCAAUUUCAUCACUCUACGCGGUGGGGAAAUGCACUUUGAUGAAAGGCCAACGUACUGGAAUGAAAGAAGGGAGUUGCAAGUCAAUGAACAUGAUCUAUCGGAGCUUGAGAGAAUGAGUAACGUUUUGGACAACUACAAAAUGAUGGCAGACGAAGCCAUAAAAAUACAAAGAGAAGUGACGAAGCACGCUGACUUGGAUGGAUCCGUUGCACACUAUUUUGAAGAGAGAUUUUUCCAACGACAGACGAAAACUGUUCACACACUCUCCGGUUACGUCAAUGAUCUCAAGCGAUUCUUUUCAGAGGCUGAUGCUUCGCUUGCACUAUUCCUUUUCGAUGAAUAUCUACUAAAAUCUGUAUAAAUACCUCCAUGGUUACAAUGUCAUAGAAUAAUUUUUAUUAUAGUAUCGAUGUUGAUGAUAGUAUCGGUACACGUGAGUUUUUUUUCCUCUCUCUUUGUUCUCUGGAAAUUGUAAUAUACGAUGUUUGAAGACAGUUUA